UUUUUGUUUAAGGCCCAGUUCGAAGUUCUCAGCUUCAGCUCUGAACACUUUUAUUUUCUUUUAUUUUCUUUUAAUCUUUAUUAAUACUCGAGAAGCUCUUUAACUCACCUUCCCUCCAAACUUUCAUCCUAUCCGUCCCGUCCCAUCUUCUCAUCCAUCCACAUCCACAUCCACCAGAAUGGGCAACACCACCUCUAAAUCCGCAAUCCAAAUCCUUGCACCCCUCUCCUUCCUCUACGACUUCUCAGCGCAACAAUACGGGAUAUUCUCCAAACCCAACAUGCUUGACGUGCACAAGAAAAAUCUAGCUGCAUUCUCUCCGCAGCCUUUUUUUAUUGCCGGGUUCUUCUUUCCUCAGCAAGUGUUUCAGUUGGUGUGGCUGUGGAAGUUGUGGAAGCGGAAAGGUGAGGGGGAGAGGAGGGGGAUAAUAGAGAGGGGCGAGGGAGACGUUAUGGAGACGUUUGGAUGGUUUUAUGUGUUGGGGAACGUUUGCAUUGGGACAUGGAUGUUCUUCUGGAACGCCUCCGACCUAAAAACCUCCAACAUCUUCGUCAUCAUAAACACCUUCUCGCAACUCUUAUACAUCACCACACUCCUUCCCCCCCUCGAUACCUGUUCCACACCCAACUUCCUCACUCACAUGGUCGCAAAAACCUUCGCAGGCAUCGGCGUCCUGGACCUCCUACACAACACCUCCGCUGCCUACUACCGCAACGUCCCGCCCAGCACCGUUGUGCAAGUCACGACGGGUGUAGGCUUCGCCGCAGCCGCCAGUGUUAGUGACUGGAUCUUCGGAGGGUGUUUGGUGUAUGAUCUUGUGGCGCUGAGUAUGGGACAGCAGGGUGGGUGGAGUCAGUUGUUGGGUGGGUAUGUGGUGAUAACGGCGGGAAUUGUGGGGUUGAGGAAUUGGUUUUAUCCGAUGGGGAGCAAGAAGGUAGAGGACGGGUAUUCGAGGGUUAAUGGGGAGGAGGGCGAGGGGGGGGGUUGA